UGUGCGGUGGAACCGGGCGGGGGCGCCCCGAGGGCGGCCGCUCUGCGGGAGGCUGGGUUGGAACCGCGCGGGGCCGGGAGUGGCCGGAUUAAAAAUCAAGAAAUAUAAACCAGAUGUAGCAGUUUGUUGACAUGGAGAACCAAGCCCAUAAUGCAAUGGGAACUUCUCCUUGUGAGGCUGAGCUUCAGGAAUUAAUGGAACAAAUUGACAUCAUGGUAACCAAUAAAAAAUUGGAUUGGGAAAGAAAGAUGCGGGCUUUGGAGACACGAUUAGAUCUUCGGGAUCAAGAGUUAGCAAAUGCACAGACUUGUUUGGAUCAGAAAGGUCAAGAGGUGGGGUUACUUCGACAGAAGUUGGACAGUCUAGAAAAAUGCAAUUUAGCAAUGACUCAGAAUUAUGAAGAACAACUACAAACCCUAAAAGCUCAAUUUUCCAAACUAACAAAUAACUUUGAAAAACUGAGGUUACACCAGAUGAAACAAAACAAAGUUCGACGAAAAGAUUUACCGUACCUCAAAGAAGAAAUACCCUUUGAACUGAGCAAUUUGAACCAGAAAUUAGAGGAGUUUAGAGCAAAGUCAAGAGAAUGGGACAAGCAAGAGAUACUGUAUCAGACUCAUCUGGUUUCUUUAGAUGCUCAACAAAAACUAUUAUCUGAGAAGUAUAAUCAAUUUCAGAAACAGGCACAAAGUUACCAAACUCAACUAAAUGGUAAAAAACAGUGCGUAGAAGACAGCAACUCUGAAAUUCCUCGUUUGAUAUGUGAACCAGAUCCCAGUUGUGAAACCAGUGAAAGAGAUGAGUUCAUUAUUGAAAAAUUAAAAUCAGCUGUGAGUGAAAUAGCAUUAAGCAGGAAUAAGUUACAAGAUGAAAAUCAGAAGCUCUUACAAGAACUGAAAAUGUAUCAAAGACAAUGCCAGGCCAUGGAAGCAGGACUCUCAGAGGUGAAAAGUGAGUUACAGUCACGUGAUGAUCUCUUGAGAAUUAUAGAAAUGGAACGAUUGCAGUUACACACAGAAUUAUUAAAAAUAGGAGAGUACCAAAAUGCUCAAGAAAAUAAAAAGAGACUUGAAUCAUCUUACUCACCUUCUAUUAAAGAAUCAGAAAGGAAAAGGAAAGAGCUGUUUUCAGUGGUCCAAGAACAACCAAAUCAUGAAAAAGAAUUGAAUAAGAUAAAAAGCCAGCUCCAACAGGAGGAAGAGUACCAUAGCUCUGAGCAGGAAAGAAUGAGGAAUGAAAUCUCUAACUUAACAGAAGAGCUUCAUCAGAAGGAGAUCACUAUAGCAACUGUCAUGAAGAAAGCUGCCCUUCUGGAAAGACAGUUAAAAAUGGAAUUAGAAAUAAAAGAAAAAAUGUUAGCAAAACAACAGGUCUCAGAUGUGAGAUAUAAAGCUGUCAAAACUGAAAACACACAUCUAAGAGGAAUGAUGGGAGAUUUAGACCCUGGACGAUACAUGAGUAUGGACUUCACUAACAGGGAACAUUCCAGGCAUACAUCUAUUAACAAACUGGAAUAUGAGAAUGAAAGGCUCCGAAGUGAUCUCGCAAAACUUCACGUCAAUGGUCAAUCAGCAUGGACUAAUCAAAACACCUAUGAAGAAACAGGAAGCUAUGCCUAUCAAAGCCAAAUGAAAAUGGAAAAAAAUGAUGAUAGACUUAGCCAAGAUUGUGAGCCAAAUGGAAGUGCAACGCCUUCACUGCCAUCUCUGACAUUUCAAACCAAAGAAAUGAUAAGUCCUUUGGUUAGUGAUGAUGAAGUAUUCCCGCUGUCUCCCCCAGAUAUAUCCUUCCCAGCUUCUUUGGCUGCACAGCAUUUCCUUCUGGAAGAAGAGAAGCGAGCAAAAGAACUUGAAAAACUCCUAAAUACACAUAUUGAUGAACUGCAAAGACAUACAGAAUUUACUCUUAAUAAAUACACCAAGAUAAAACAAAAUAGACACAUAUGACCUUUUAAACUUUUUUAUUUGCUUCCCUACCCCAAGAAAAAACCUCUGGCAAAAUAUUUACAAAGCUGAUUAAUGAAACUGAGAAAUUCUGUUCUGUUUUCUUGAGUAAAUAAUUUCUGUAAGGCAGCUAGAAAAUAGUAAGUAUUUUGUUCGAUAAAGGUGUUUGCAUUUCUGCAUUAACAUACUAAAUUGUUCUGCUGUAGAAUUACUAUAAAAUAAACAUGACUACUCCAAAAGAGAUUUUUUUUGCAGUCUAAGGAAUAUUUUGGAAUUAAAGAUGCAGUUUUCCCCACUUAAUCAUGUAUACUAAAAGCCCAUUUCUUCUACAACAAUACAAAAUAAGGGAAAGGGAAGUGCUAUAUUCUAAAUCCGGAGGAAUCAAGUGCAGCUCAGUUGUACUAGGUUUGAAAACUCAAGGUUUUAAGUGAAAAAAAUGUUUAAAUAUUUUGAGCUAUGUAAAUAUCCUAAAAAUUGUUUUAGAAAAAAA